CAGACCAAACUCUGGGAAAAGGGGUUCCGCCCCUCGAGCUGCCUGCAUCGCUUGCUCUGGCUGUAAACAGACGCACUGUUCAGCUUCUACCGCCUCGGUCGCUCAAUAAAAUAUCAAAUAUGGAUGAAGAAGCUCGUAUGAGGGAGGCAAAGAGGCGCGAGCGUCAAUCAGGUCCGAACAAUUAUGGUUUUCAUGAUGGGGAAGCCUUGGAGAACGUGGACGAUGACAUCGGCAUAUGUGGUCGACUUUUGGUUGCAUUUUCCCUCCUCCUCAUGAUUCUCACCCUUCCCCUGUCCAUAUGGAUGUGCAUCAAGAUCGUGAAAGAGUACGAGCGAGCCAUUAUUUUCCGCCUGGGGCGAAUUUUGCGAGGAGGAGCCAAAGGACCAGGCUUGUUCUUCAUACUUCCGUGCACCGACAGCUUCAUUAACGUGGACAUGCGCACCAUCACUUUCGACAUCCCUCCACAAGAGGUCCUGACCAAAGACUCGGUGACUGUGAGUGUGGACGGCGUGGUCUACUACCGGGUGCAGAAUGCCACUCUGGCGGUGGCCAACAUCACUAAUGCAGAUGCUGCCACCCGCCUGCUGGCCCAGACCACCCUGAGGAACGUUCUGGGUACCAAGAAUCUGGCUGAGAUCCUGUCUGACCGCGAGGAGAUCGCUCACAGCAUGCAGUCCUCCCUCGAUGACGCCACGGACGAUUGGGGCAUCAAAGUGGAGCGAGUGGAAAUCAAAGACGUCAAGUUGCCCCUGCAGCUGCAGAGAGCCAUGGCAGCUGAGGCCGAGGCCAGUCGUGAGGCCAGAGCUAAGGUCAUCGCUGCAGAGGGAGAGAUGAACGCCUCUCGUGCGCUGAAGGAGGCCUCCCUGGUCAUCGCGGAGUCUCCCUCCGCCCUGCAGCUGCGCUACCUGCAGACCCUCAACACCAUCGCCGCUGAGAAGAACUCCACCAUCAUCUUCCCUCUGCCGCUGGAGAUGAUGCAGGGCUUCGUCAAACAAUAGUUGGAGACGCACACACACAUACAUGCACCAGACAUCAGCGUAAAACUGGUCUGCACUGAACUUCCUCACAGAUGAUCACACGCACGUUUAUCCUUUCUAGGAAGAGUUGAGACUUUAACCAAAAGAAGAAAGCUUGCCAAACGUCGUUCUCCACAUAAGUGUCAGCGAUUAAAGUGCCUGUAGCAUCAGUGGCCUUAGACAUCAUCACAGUUGUACUGCUUCUGUUGGUGUUUACACACACACACACAAUAGGGCAUCUUUCUGUCUUACCCAAGCUUUGUCCUAUCUUGUGCUAUAUACCCCCCGUAGUGUGUCCUAUCCACACCCAUGUAAUCUCCCUAACACAUCCCCGCAGCAGCACAGCAUUUGAGCCACAUUCAGCCCUUUCUCUGUACUAACGUGGCCCUCAUGAGUUAAAAACUAUGAAAAAAAUCUUACUUUUUUUUCAAUAUUCAUCACUAAGUCUAUGUGUAAUUUAGAUAUUGUUGUGGCGUUUUCUUUCCACUUUGUUUUUGUUCUUUUCAAAUCUAUAUUUUACAGAGUAAUUGAGAGCAGUAUUUCUUUUACUUCAAAAUAAAUACAUUAAAAUACACUGACAGAAACACUUUGUAAUUUAGAAAUACAUAUGUUUUACCCAUAGUUAUGUUACCUAGCUAUUCACCACUUAAAAAGUACUUUUUUUUAUUAUUGAAACUUUUUAAUGGCUGGACUACUAUUUUAUUUGUUGACUUUGAUACCAACAAUAUUGAGAACUGACAUUGUGAAACUGAAUAUUAGUUGCAAAUAAGACUAUAUAUAAAAUUUGCAUCAGUUUGUGUCUGUAUAAUGCUGCCACACCGUUUCAAACAGAAAAGAAAUCAUGAUAAUAUUUGAGAUUGUGUCAUUAAAGAUGUCCACCACUGUAUAUAAAAAUGAAAUAUAAUGGAAUCCCAUGUUUUAAGCAUAUAAUGUCUGGGCGCAUUUACACUUUUUCCCAUAUUUAGAAAUAGAAGUUAUGUUGCAUUCAUUGAGAGUGAUCUGUCUUUAGCUUGAGGGCCUUUGCAUUUGUCUCAGGAUAUAACGUGGCCCUUUUGGAAAUCGACUGCCCACCUUGAUGUAACCAUUGCUCCACUCAAAAACCUGUACGCAGUGUACAGUAAUGCCUAGAAGCUCUGACAGACACAUACUUAUUCAUACACGCCCAUAAACACGCAUGCAGGCUUGUGGUAAAUAACUUGCACUAACACAUCAUGUCACCGGUGUUUGCUCUGUAUGUCUUGUUGCAAGUGCAGACACUUCCAUUUGAUGUGUGACGUUGUCAACCAUACGAUGUUCUUCACAAACACACUUUUCUAUCCAGGUGCACAUUCUUCUAUAACUUGUAUCUGACUUUAUUGGAUACAACAGGUCAUAGUUAGACAAGAGGGCUAAACCCUGACACUGUUAACGUUCUGCUGAACAGUCAGCCAAAAGCCUUAACUCACUGCCGCGUACUCUCUUCUCUACUUCAUCUCUAUGCAAUCGCACACUCUGUAUUAACCUGCUUGGCUCACACUAACCGUGCAGCAAAGUGUCACGUGUUUGGAAAUGUGACUGAAGUGUGUUUUACUCUUGUUAUUCCAACAUUUGAAUUUUUUCAUUCAACUGACAGUGAUUUCAUUUUUAGGCAGACAUCUCAGAGCUGCUUUCUGAAAUAGAGUUAUAUUUCAGCUGCAAGUGCAUUUUCCCACAAAUUAUACUCCAAAAAUCUAGUUUUAAAACUUCAAAAAUUGCUUGUAGCAUUUACGUUCCAGAGUAAAUUGUGUAUGGACAGUACAAUUUGCACUUUGGAUGUAUAGUCAAGUCUGAUGUAGCACUAUAUACUAUAUUUUAGUGAUGAAUAUUGUGAUGCAUCUUUAUGCUGCAGCUUGUGUGAUGCUUUUUUUGAAGCUCUUUUAUUUUCAUCUUGUUUUAAUGCUGACAAAGUCUCAGAAUGCUACCCCAGAUUGUUCCCUCCUUAAUAUUGAUGCAAAGAGUAACUGAAAAAAGAACCAUUACUUAUGUUUACUAUAGGAGUUAACUGUUGCGGUGCAUUAUGGGAAUUACACUGUGGACCUACAGGCCUCAAGUUUACCAUGUCGGUUGUGGAUGAAUUUACUUUCAGUGUUAGAUGUCACCAAACUAAAACUCAUGUUUUUCAUGUGUCGUUUCAAAGCUAUGCUUAAAUGCUCCAAAUAAACAGAAACACCAACAUGUUUUGAGGUGUGGUUU